UUUCUGCAGGAGUCCAUUGAAGUUGACGACGGGGAAAUUAGCGCGGAUGACGGAUGGAAGUGCUGUAGCCCGAGUCGGGGACACAUCCGUUAUGGUUACUGUAGUGAGUAAAUCGAAGGCUGCGUCUCCCGGACAGAGCUUCAUGCCUUUGACAGUGGAUUAUCGGCAGAAGGCUGCAGCUGCGGGGAGAAUUCCCACCAACUUUCUGCGACGAGAAAUCGGCUCUUCUGAACGAGAAAUUCUCGCCGGACGAAUGAUAGACAGAUCAGUGCGGCCAGUAUUUCCUGUGGGAUACUUCCAAGAGACGCAAUUAGUAUGCAAUUUGCUGUCUGUGGACGGCGUUCACGAUCCCGACAUCGUUGCGAUCAAUGCAGCUUCUGCUGCAUUGAGCGUAUCGGACGUGCCGUGGGAUGGGCCGAUUGCUGCUGUUCGGAUCGGUUCA